UUCGUCAAAGAGAAUAUUUAAGGAAGUUCAGUUGCGGAAGUGCUAUGAACUGUGCGCUUCGCAAGUACAACUCCGAGGAGUACGUCCCUUCAGGAGAGACGGCGUGCGUGCAUGACUGCCCACGCGGGCAUCUCAACCCAUCGCAAGCUAUCCUCUAGGUGACCUUGGCUGAGCUCUGCGUGCUUGCUUGGAGAGCUGUUGAUUUACAAUGCAGAUUCAUCGGUCCUUGCCUGCCUGUCCCUGCCCCUCCUAAAUUUGGCUGGGAUAUAAGAGCUGUUUGCUUUCUGAUGCCAACAGUGGCAAUGGCAGAGAGCCCUGCCAUGUGAGAGGCAGAGAUAGAGAAGAGGGGGCCAAGGAGGAGCAAACUGUACAGCUGCUAUUGCUUCUGGUAGCCGAGGAGCACAUCUGUGGGACAGCAUGUCAAUGCUUACCCCUGUCCUGCAGCCCCCAGAGGUGAAGGAGUAUUUGUCCAAGGGUGAGCGCUUCAUCAAAUGGGAUGAUGAAACAGCAAGUGCUUCUCCUGUGAUUCUUCGAGUGGAUCCGAAGGGCUUUUACUUAUACUGGACCUAUCAGAAUAAAGAAAUGGAAAUUUUGGAUAUAACCAACAUCCGAGAUACCAGAGUGGGGCGAUUUGCCAAAAUCCCCAAGUGCCAGAAGCUCCGAGAGGUUUUUAAUUUGGAUUACCCUCACAGCACCUUCCUCCUUAAGACUCUCACUAUUGUAUCUGGCCCUGACAUGGUGGACCUCACUUUCCAUAACUUUGUGUCCUACAAGGAGAAUGUCGGCAAGAGCUGGGCUGAGGAUAUUAUGGCCAUUGUUCGGAAUCCCCUCACGUACAACGCUUCUCGAUACACCUUCCUAGAGAAAAUCCUGGUGAAGCUGAAGAUGCAGCUUAAUGCAGAGGGAAAGAUUCCUGUCAGGAAUAUUUUUCAGAUGUUUCCUGCAGACAGGAAGAGAGUGGAAGCAGCAUUAAGCGCUUGUCAUCUUCCCAAGGGCAAGAAUGAUGCCAUCAACCCAGAGGACUUCCCUGAGACUGUGUAUAAAACUUUCCUCAUGAAUCUCUGUCCACGGCCUGAGAUUGAUGAGAUAUUUACCUCACACCAUUUAAAAGCAAAGCCCUACAUGACCAAAGAGCACUUGGCAAAGUUUAUCAACAAGAAGCAGCGAGACUCUCGCCUCAAUGACAUCCUUUUCCCACCAGCCAAACCUGAGCAGGUGCAGAGCCUGAUAGAGAAGUAUGAGCCCAGUGGGAUUAACAUCCAGAGAGGGCAGUUGUCUCCAGAGGGGAUGGUCUGGUUUCUCUGUGGCCCUGAGAACAAUGUGAUAGCACUGGACAAAUUGGUGCUGUACCAGGACAUGACCCAGCCACUCUCACACUACUUCAUCAAUUCAUCACACAACACGUAUUUAACAGCCGGUCAGUUUUCUGGUAUCUCGUCUCCUGAAAUGUAUCGCCAGACACUGCUGGCUGGCUGCCGCUGCGUGGAGCUGGACUGCUGGAAGGGCCGUCCCCCAGAUGAGGAGCCGAUCAUCACUCACGGGUUCACCAUGACAACCGAGAUCCUCUUCAAGGAUGCCAUUGAGGCCAUUGCAGAAAGUGCUUUUAAGACGUCUCUCUACCCUGUCAUCUUGUCCUUUGAGAACCAUGUGGACUCGCCCAAGCAGCAGGCGAAGAUGGCUGAGUAUUGCCGAACCAUAUUUGGAGAUAUGCUGCUGACAGAGCCGCUGGAAAAAUACCCACUGAAGCCAGGAGCUCCUUUGCCAAGUCCGAAGGAUCUCUUAGGGAAAAUCUUGAUUAAGAACAAAAAGAAGCAAUCUAUAUCUGGGAAGAGACAGAACUCUCUGAAGAAAGGGAGGAACGUGGAACCAGAAAUCAUCGAGCAGCCAGUGCCAAUGGAUGCUGAAGAUACUGUGUGGGCAGGUGAUGUGGCUGAAGAGGAACCAGAGGAAGAGGAUGAACAUCUCGGAAACCUGGAUGAAGAAGAAAUUAAAAAGAUGCAGUCAGAUGAGGGCACUGCUGGUUUGGAAGUGACAGCGUACGAGGAGAUGUCCAGCCUAGUUAAUUACAUACAGCCUAUCAAAUUUGACUCCUUUGAAGUCUCUGCCCAGAAGAACCGGAGUUACGUCAUCUCUUCCUUCACAGAGCUGAAGGCUUACGAUCUACUAACCAAGUUCCCUGUGCAGUUUGUAGAAUAUAACAAGCGGCAGAUGAGCCGGAUUUACCCCAAAGGCACCCGGAUGGACUCCUCUAAUUACAUGCCCCAGAUGUUCUGGAAUGUCGGCUGUCAGAUGGUGGCACUCAACUUCCAGACCAUGGAUGUCCCCAUGCAGCAGAACAUGGCUCUCUUUGAGUUCAACGGCCAGUGUGGCUAUCUGCUCAAGCAUGAAUUCAUGCGACGUCCAGACAAGCAGUUUGACCCCUUCUCUGUGGACCGCAUUGACGUGCUGGUGGCAAGUACCCUGUCUGUCACGAUACUCUCUGGUCAGUUCCUGUCAGACCGCAGUGUGAAGACAUAUGUGGAAGUAGAGCUGUUUGGGUUGCCAAGGGACACAAAGCGCAAAUACAGAACCAAACUGACCUCCACUGCCAAUUCCAUUAACCCUGUGUGGAAAGAAGAAGCUUUUGUUUUUGAAAAGAUCAUGAUGCCCGAGCUGGCGUCUCUCAAAAUUGCGGCUUGGGAGGAAGGAGGGAAGUUCAUUGGUCAUCGUGUCAUUCCCGUUAUUGCAGUGCACUCAGGCUAUCACCACGUUUGUCUCCGCAGUGAAAGUAACAUGCCGCUCACCAUGCCUUCUCUAUUUGUGUACCUGGAAGUCAAGGACUACGUUCCUGAUGCUUGGGCAGAUCUGACUAUUGCUCUCUCCAACCCUAUUAAGUUCUUCAGUCUGCAAGACAAGAGAUCAGUUCAGCUAAAAGAUGGCUCGGCAGAGAGGCUUGGCACACAGAGGAACUUCCCAUCUGCUGAAACUAAUGGGAUACCAGACUCCACCGGGAAAUCAAGUACGUCUCUUUCCAAUGGGCCUGCAGGAGCAGCAGCUUUUGCCAAGGACAAAAAUGUGACAGAAGUGACACAGAUUGCAGAGCCUCAGACAGCCAGCCUCGCAGAGCUGCAGCAGAUGAAGCUCUUUCUGAAGCUGCUGAAGAAGCAGGAGAAGGAACUGAGGGAGCUGGGGCGGAAAGGAAGUAAACGGAGGGAGGAGCUGCUGCAGAAAUAUUCUGUACUCUUUUCGGAGCCUAUCUGCUAUGGAGGCAAGAAAAGGAUGAUACAGACUAGGAAAACCCAGAAGAAGAGGAGUUUGACAGCAGGCGAUGUUGGUACAUGUGGAAAUCCUGUAGAAAUGGCAGAAAGCGUUGAUAGCCGAAUUUUGGAACUGAGAGAGAGGCUGGAGAUGGACCUCAUCCACCUGGGGGAGGAACACUACAAUGGGAUUCGAAGAAAGAAAGAGCAGCAUGCCACGGAGCAAGUUACCAAGAUAAUAGAGCUAGCCAGAGAGAAGCAGACAGCUGAGCUGAAGGCACUGAAGGAGUCAUCAGAAAGCAAUAUUAAAGACAUUAAGAAGAGGCUGGAGGCAAAGAGAGUGGACCGAAUCCAAACCAUGAUGAGGAAUACUAGCGACAAGGCUGCUCAGGAGAGGUUGAAGAAAGAAAUUAAUAACUCUCACAUUCAGGAAGUGGUGCAAACAAUCAAACUGGUGACAGAAAAGACAGCCAGAUAUCAGCAGAAACUGGAAGAGAAGCAAGCAGAUAAUCUGAGAACCAUCAAGGAGAAAGAAAGCCAGCUCCAGCAGGAGAUACUGGCAGAGUAUGAGGAGAAAUUGAAAGGUCUGAAUACGGAGGUGCAGGAGAUGGUGAAGAACUACACAAAAGCAGGCUUUUCUGGGGAGCCGGAGACUCGGAAGGAAGCAGUUCAGAGUGUUCCUGAGGGAGAACAAGGCUCUACAGCACAACUGGAAGAAAAGAUGCCAGUGGCAGAGGUGUCGAGGCUUACAAUAGCUGUGCCUGAGCCCCCAGGAGCCGACACAGACGCUGAGAUUGAAGAAAGCAUAUUUUGAGAGACCCUUCCCUUACUGUUUCACUUCAAGAAGGUUUAUGGAGGUAUAGAGUGAAGUUCAAGACCAGCUGGACAAACUACUACUCUCCCUUUCCACUCGGGAACUCCUGAAAUCCUUCAGGCAUUUACUACUUUAUUGUCCUAGAUUGUGGAAGCAUCUGAAGAGAUCGCCCUUCAGAGAGCACUUUGCUUCUUUGCUUCCACAGCCUUGGCACCAAGGUAUUUAAGCAGGGUGAAAGGGCCUGUGGCUCGUUUUUGGCAUUCACAGCUCUAGCUGUGUUUUAGUACCUUAGUCUGGGUUCAGACUUCUGUUUUUAGAGUAAUUCCCCUCCUCAUUCAUCACACACACAUCUUCACAUCCGAGCAGCCUCAGAGCUAGAGCCCCAUGAGUGAAAAGUAACUGCGAGACACUCUCCAGUAGCCCACCUAACGCGCUCCGCCAGCUGGCCCAGAAUAAAGCCUCCUGCAAUACGGGUAAGUGGGGUGGCAGGUGCUCAGCAAAAGCUGUUGUCCUCUAAGGCGCCGUUCCUUCUGGCAACACUACCUGCUAAUGGAGACACAGCCUCUGUUAACAGGAGGAAAGGUCAGUUUGAUAGAAACUCAUACCAUUUGCUGUCACAUACCACUUCCUUGCACAACCAGUGUUGGCUUUUUAAUUAAUUGGUGUGUCCCCCUCGUCAGGUGAGAAGAGUUUUCAGGACACUGGUAGCCACACAACAUAACCCAGCAUUUCCUGCUGUGGAAAUGUGCGUUACCAGCACGGUAGCUUGUCUUCUUUCAUUCUUUCUAAUUUCCCUUAUUCCCACUCCUAAUUCUAACUUUGACUCCUUCAGGCAAGUUCUCAGCUCUGGAUCCGUAUCUCCUGAAGACCCUGACGGUCUUGAGCAGGCUCCUGGGCAAUUACAAGGCCUCCUAUGAGGAGGCUAGGAGCCUCUUCCUUUGUUCCAGCCACCACAAAAAAAACCCACUUGCAGAAUUCUCAUCUGCAGCAAUUUGACAUUUUUAGAGCUUUACUGAAACUUUUUCUCAUGAAACUAACAUUAGUUCUAUAUUAUGGGCUUAGGAUAACAACAUUUCUAAACUGUUUGAAAAUAAUUGCGUUGCUUAAACAAAAAGCCAGGCAGUUACAUUGCCCGUAACUUCCCUUCCACAGAAAGCUAAGUAUGGCUCAUAGAAACCACAUGGAAUUAUCCUUUCAAGUAGCAGCAAGCAGGUCACUUACAUGCUGCCAUCCCAGUUAAUGACAACAGAGGGCUCAGCAGUGGUCUGUAGAAUCUGUUCCUUGCUGCUGGGAAAACCACACACCUCGAACAGCCAUGUUUGUUCGGGACCUUGGGGAGAAGACUACAGGCUACUCCUGUUUGCUCCCCCUUGGCAGAUGUCUUCCCUCAAAGCUUUAGUCGCUCCCCAUUUCUUCAUGAAGUGUGCCCACCUGACCUAACAGCAGCCCCCGUUUUGGUGACAUAACAGACAAGUCUUAUUCCAUGGCCUAACUAAUGAAAAUUGCCUGGCCGUACGACUCAGAAGGGCAAAUGGUCCUCAGCCUCUUUUAGCCCUGGCACGUACCUGCUGCUGUCUGUCUCCACCAGCACAGAACCUUCAGCAGAACACACGUGGAGGUCCGGGUUCCUGGCACCUCGGUCUUGGCUUGCAGCAGAAAAAGAAAAGGGUCGGUUCCUCUUAGCCCCGUUACACUUCCACUUUCUGGGACGGCAGAGCCUUAGCUUGUGAAUGCAGAAGUCGUGCCCGUGCCCCCCCCACCGCCACACACACUUUCUCUCACCUGGUUUAUGACCUUGCACUGAACAGCUUUGACACAGCAAGUGCUCGCUCAUCCAGAAGGAAGGAACUGGAAACAUAUGGGCCAACUCUUUCCCUAGCACCAUUUAAAACAGAUUUUGCUUAUGGAUCCUAAAAGAGCAGGAAACAGCAAUAACUCAAUACCAAGUGGCCACAUCCUGGCCUUCCUCAUAGCGCAUCCUGAAAUAAUGUUAGCCCGAGAACUGGAGUUCGGCCUGACAAACAUGCACCAGGUCACAGGGACCCUCGAAAUUCGGCACUUGUGCCCACCAGAUGUCACAAGUGGAGGGGGAGGGGAGGGGGAAUGACACUGACUUGAACACCCCCGUGCCCCCCAAAAACUAGUCACCCCUCUCCAGUCAUACCUCGGUAAAUAGCAAGGCUUAAUUCAAAGAGGUGGAGGAAGAUACGCUUAGGGGGGACAAAAGCAAAUGGGAACUGCAACUAUUUUAUUACAAAUGCUUAUCCUAGAGAUGAGAUACUGUAGAUCAAAUCUUCCAAAUUGUUCAAGAAAACAACAAAAAAACAAACCAACACCCCCCCAAACACUGCUGAAGAGAAAUGGGGGGAUGGGACCCCCAAACCUCCACCUGCAAUUGAGCAGAUCUGCGACUGCCACGAGUCUGAGCCCCACAGCCUGGAGAACCUGGCGCUGCCGAAACCCUCAUGUAGUUAUCUGGCCCUUCAAGCCCCUUUUAUUGCUACUUUACAGCGCCGCAGAGGGCAGAGUGUCUUUACACCCAGCCAUACAGCAUGAGAAGAGUUACACCUAGAAACUGCAUCGAUAACGUGCUGCUAUAGAAACACAAACCAAAAACCCAGCUCCAGUAGGUAGGAGAGACAAGAUGUUCCAAGCCUGGUCUGAUAUCCAAGAGGAGACCAUACCUCCCCUGCGGUGUUAACGUAAUACUGGAAUUAUGUAUUGUACAUUUCUGACUUAUUUAUUUUCUAAAAAAAAAAAAAGUAAACAUUUCAUUUCUUAAAAAAGCUGGAUCUUUUUUUUUAAUUGCAGUUAGUGGAUAUGGGAGCAAGUCCCAAACGUUGCCCAGUGUGUGCACAUGUUAACAGAGACAGCACGUGCCCAGAGUUCUCUGCCAUCUGUGCUCACAGUUCUCACAUUCAACUUCUUAGUCACUAAAUACGCAGUGAGGUGGGGUUUUAAACAUAAUUUCCUUCUCACACGCAUUCUCCUCUGCACAAGUUCAUUCCAUUCCUUAUUGUACUCAAUAACCAAAUGUAGCAAAGCAAAUCACUCACAGCCCAAGUACCGCUCCCGCCCCCCCUACUCUUACAGGUGAUUGCCUUACCCUAAUACAGUGGCCACCUCCUCCUCAUCCCCCAGCACAGGGCCAAAGAGCACUUCAACAGGGGGAGGAACAAUUCUCGUGGGUUCACACUCCUCCCGUUGGCUCCGUCGUCGUUCAGCCAGCCAAGGGCACCCCAGAGACACGCCAGGGCAGCCACAUGCAGCCUUACACUCAGAGCUGGUUCUCCCUUACCCCACAGCAACACUCGCCCCUCGCAUACCCACAGCACAGCCCCUGGCCGCUCCCUGGCUCUGACCCCAGCAGAACGACAGGCCGGGCUCAGGGCAGAACACGUUCAGCCACGGGCAGCAACAUUCACAAACCUCUGGCCGAGCAACUCCGGGGUACCGCAACACGAGCUCGGUUCCCUUCCUGGCUCAUCCUGAUGGCUGGUUGGGCUCCUUCACUGGUACGGCGGAGCUCUGGCACGGACACGUGGCCGCUUCCUUCUGCUGAGAGUGGGCGCCUUCGCUGUUCCAGGACUGAAGCUUUAUUUCAGGAAGGGGUAAAAUAUUGCUCCAGUUAGAUCGAUUUUGUUGGUUUACAGAACAACCUCCAUCCCUGAAGUCUCACGCUGUGAGGUUUGAGGGCCUUCAACAAACAUCACAGCAGGGCAGAACUGCGGCCAGGAACCAGUUUAAUAUUUUGCCUUAAACCAGCUCGCAGUGUUGGCAGAUUGGAGCCCAUGCUCGUUAACCCCUGCUUUCUACACCGGGGCUGGCAAUGGAGCUCAAGGAUUGCAUUGGAAAUGGGAUUAGCACAAGGGAGGGGCGGAUUUCUCCCCAAGAGCCCAGAGCCACGGCAGCGAGGAAAGGCUGCAAAUGGAGAAACAAGCCAAAAAACCACCCAGAAAAACAUGG